AACCCAACCCCAUCCAGCUCUAUGUCUUUGCUAUAAAUUCAUUGAUGAAACCCCACCUAUUUUCAACCAACUCAUCUGUUUCUUUCUUCUCAUUCCACUCCAUUUUCACUCUCUCUCAUACCAUUCUCUUCCUUGGUUCCCUAGCUACUUUCUUUCCAUUUCAUAACAAAUAUUUAUUCAAUCCUGACUCUCAUUCCACUCCAUUUUCACUCUCUCCCAAACCAUGAAACUUACACAUUCCUUGUUUCUUGUGACUUUGGCUCUUCUUACGGCCACCACUUUCUCAUCAGAUCCUGACUCUCUUCAAGACCUUUGUGUCGCAGACCUCUCCUCAGGUGUGACAGUGAACGGAUUUACCUGCAAAGAGGCAUCCAAGGUAAAUGUCUCAGAUUUCUCUUCCAACAUACUAGCCAAACCAGGAUCCACCAACAACACAUAUGGCUCCGUCGUGACCGGAGCCAACGUUCAGAAAGUCCCGGGACUCAACACUCUUGGCGUGUCUCUGUCGAGGAUUGAUUAUGCUCCAGGCGGCCUCAACCCACCUCACACUCAUCCUCGCGCCACCGAGGUUGUGUUUGUGCUCGAAGGGGAGUUAGAUGUUGGGUUCAUAACUACAGCUAAUGUUCUCAUAUCAAAGACAAUUAACAAGGGUGAGAUAUUUGUUUUCCCAAAAGGCUUGGUUCACUUUCAAAAGAACAAUGGCAAUGUACCUGCUGCUGUUCUUUCGGCCUUCAACAGCCAACUUCCUGGUACACAGUCCAUUGCUGUUACAUUGUUUGCAGCUACACCUGCUGUUCCAGAUAAUGUGUUGACAAAGACAUUUCAAGUGGGUACCAAGGAAGUUGAGAAAAUUAAGUCUAGGCUUGCACCCAAGAAAUAAAGGUAUCUUAUGGUGCUGUGAUUGUCUGGCCACUUACAAUUGUUAUUCUACUUUUAAUCUUUGUACCUUUCCAGAUCAUGUUGGAACUCAUAAAGUAAAAAGUUAGAGCAAGUGGAUUGUAUUCAUUUGUUUUAUUAUGGAAAUUGGAAAGAUUGUUGUAUAAUCAAA